CCACCCCCGCCGCCGGUUUGUGGGCUCUGGCGCGCAGCCACUCAUAAACAACUCCGCAGAACAAUUUCCGCCUUUCGACAUUGAACCCAAAGGACUUGCGACAACAUCCAGAUGCCCAGAGUUCUCAGCUACACGCCCGCGUGGCUGUCGCGCGGCUCGCCUGGCUUCGAGGUCUUCAACCAGACCUCUGUGAAAGGCAAGUCGCCCAAGGCCACGAAUGGCGCGACCAAGGAAUCCCAGGCUGGCCCCAACCGCACUAUCGCGUACCGCGGGAAUGAGGUGUUUGUGGUAGCCGGCAGCGAAUUGCGCUGGGCAGACCUAAUACAGCUUAGGGAGUUUGGCUCUCCAAAUGGCCACAGUGAGUUCGCGCAGAGCCUCAGAAGCAGUCGCGGCCCGCGCGAAGUCUUGGAGAGCGUGGAGGAACCGGAGCAAGCUUACAGAGUCCUCAAGACGAAUGUCUCUGGUCAAAUCACCCAGCUUGUCGUUUCUCCCAAUGACGAUUAUAUGGCCAUCUGCACUUCGCACACCGUCCACAUCGCCGUCCUGCCCGACCCGUCGCAUCUUUCUUCCGAAGACAAUGGACCCAUCAGGCUCAAGACGUUCCAGCUCGGCCCCACGGCCCACGUACUCGACCAGGCGCCACUAGCAUCUGUCUUGUGGCAUCCUCUCGGCCGUCACGGCCGCUGUUUGGUAACCGUCACUACGGACGCCAAUGUGCGUCUCUGGGAGAUCAACAGGGAGAACCGCAUAUCUUUCAGCGAACCGGAGCUCGCCGUGGACUUGAAGAAGCUCGCCAGUGGCAUCGACUCCAUGGAGGAUUUCAGAGCCGCUAGGAUCAACGACAAGACGGGUUAUACUCCCGAUUCGUUCGAACUCGAGGUCGCCUCGGCCUGCUUUGGUGCCUCUGGCAAGAACAAGGGUGAGCGUGGUUGGGGCCCCAUGACUCUUUGGGUUGCCAUGAAGAGGGGUGAUAUCUACGCGCUCUGCCCCCUGUUGCCGAAGAGAUGGCAAUAUGCUACCCAGCACGUAGCCCCACAAUAUCUACGCAGUCUGGCCCUCCCGAUCCAGGCGAAAGCCACCGAGCUCGAUGAAGAAUCGGACGACACCUUCAUCCAAACUUGUGACCAGCAAAACGAAUGGCUAGAGGGAAUAAGAUACGAGCUCGAGGAGGACGAGAACACGGGCGAUGUUCUAGAGAUUUACUCGAGGCCUGCCACCCCCGGGCCCAUUCCUAGGCUGCAGGGACCCUUCCUCCUCGACGUCGAUAUCGACGAAGAUUUCAAAAUCACCGACAUUGCGGUCGUGACUUCUGGUGACGGAAGUGCCCUCCCUGACAUCGAAGAGGUCAGAGAUGCAGCGAGCGACAAGGAGGACCCGAACGUUGCCGUGAUCUGCUUCCUUACUAACAUGGGCAAGCUGCACAUUUGCCUUGAUUUUGACGGCGUCGAGGGGCAGUGGCUCCCGAAGGAGAGAGCCUUUACGACCGAUAUCUAUCACGAGACUCCAUGUCUGAUGUUGUUUGAAACUGUCGAACUGCUGACGGAGAAGCCUGCAGGAAAAUUGUAUCAUCCACUGUUUACGGCAGAUGCAAAGAGCGGCUCGGCCCUGUUUGUUUCGACCGAGGCUGGAGCUUACUUUGUCGGAAUGAGUUCCUGGCUUCAACCACUGCAAGACGAGCUCACCAAUACCGAAACUGAAGGCACGGGCAUGAGAAUUGAUGCACUCAUGAGAGGCCCCGGUAGCCUUGUCGAGAGCAUUAUCACCUACCGGCAAGACCAAUACCAGGAGGCACAACACUUGAAGAGUGCGUGUGUCGUCCUGUCCAACCCCGAGCUCGGUUACUUCAUCCUCACGGCAGAAGGCUCCCAGCCCUACGCCGCGUCACUCGACUCGCCCGACGCAGACUACGAUGACAGAUACGCGUUAAUCACCUACGAGCACGAGCCGGACAAAAUCCAUAUCCCAGAGCCAUGGCCGGCAUACCAGCCGCCGCAAUCGCUAUGGGCACAGUCACGCCUGCCGCCUUUCCUGGAGGAAGUCGUGCCCUCACGGCACAAGCACCUCCUGAAGCAGGAGAUCCGCCUCUCGACGGCGACGCUCGACAUACUGACCAAGGCGCACCGCGUCCUGGUCAAGGAGACGCAGCAGCUGGGCCAGGCGGCGUCGAGCCUCUUCACGCGCUGCCAGCGGCUGCAGGACGAGCUGCGCGACCAGAUCCGCAAGGCGAACGACGCGGCGGGGCAGAUUGAGAGCAUCACGGGCGAGGACGAGGACGACUACGCCGGCAACGACGACGCUAACGGCGAGCGCGUGGUCGGCAGCGCCAAGAUCGAGAAGCGCAUCCAGGAUGUGCGGGACAGGCAGCGGGAGCUCUUGGAACGGACGGAGCGGCUGCGCGCGAAGCUGGGACGGACAGGCACCCGGGCCUUGAGCGACAGGGAGAGGGCAUGGUUCGGAGAGGUGGACAAGAUGAAGGAACAGCUUGCGCGGGAGGAGGAGGGCGAAGAUGCAGCUGCGCCGGGCCGCCGGAUCGACGAAGUCAGGCGCUUGCGCGACGAUCUGGUUGCACAGGCGCGCGAGCUGGCGGAGGCGCAGAAGGAGGCGGAGAAGAAGGCCGAGGGGCUCGAGGAGGAGGAAGCCACUGCUGCUGGGGUGGUCGUGCCGAGCGAGUUUAGGAAGGAAAAGGUUCGCCAAGUUAUGGCGCUUUUGGAGAGGGAGACUGCGAUGGUGGAGGCGGCGACGAAGAAGCUACGGAGGAUGCAGGUUAAUGCUGCGUAGGUGGUGGUGGUGGUGGCGGCGGGUGGGAGUGGGUGGGCUCCUGGAACGAGGGCCUUGGCGAGAGGGUGCGUGCUAAAGAUAGAUAGGCUUUUGGUGUCAGCGUGGAGAGCCGACCGUGGUGGUGGCGAUGACGACAACGGAUGGAUGGAUGGGUG